ACGUGUUGAUAUAGAGUAUAGAAGACAGGAGCGGCGUGAAUAAAGAGAGAGAAUGCGAGACGAGUUAAGGAAAAAAGAACGUAAGAGAGGAAUUUGCUCCGAGCAAGCUAGGUGAGAGGGUGAGCGUAAGAAAGAGGGUGACAGAGAAGUUGGGGUGGUAGAAGCAUUCUGGAUCGUAAUGAAUGUAUUGCGGCCAAGCGAAGAGAGCGUUCUCCAUUUUGAGUACCGACUCGAUCGCGAGACACGAAACACGACUGCGAAUCCGGAGGCAAAUCAUAUCUCGUACAAUAUGCUUCCGUUGGAUUCUGCAGCAUCCCGCAAGUUCCUGGCGGCGCAUUUGAACCAAUUAGGACAUAGGCUCAAACAUUAGAUAUGUGCCAGGUGGAGCGACAGAUGCUACAACCGCGGUGUGAACAUCAACAGUGCAACGGACGUACUGGUCUGUUCCUUAGCUGCUCGUCGUCACUUCCGAAACCCCGCGUCCUCCUAGCCACGGUUCCUUCCACUUCUCUUUUUCCUUUCUCCAUUCACUCCAUGGCGACAGAUACACCUUCCAUACGGGACGUAUGUCAAGUACGAUUACGACCAACGCGCGAGCCCAUCGAUCGGUGAAGCGCAAUGUAUGAGGUGGGGUGCCUGGUAUUUCUGCCGCAAUUCGAAAAUCCGUGUUGCUUGCCUUGGAGAAUCUCUUGCUUGGAAUGUUUCUGCAUCUUCAGAGGCCUGUAGCUUCUUGUACGAGGACUCGUUGACGUCAAGGCGCAUGCGUAACUCGCGUUCGACCGUGCACGAUAACUCUGGCUUUCUUAACGAAGUAUCUUGUGUAUUCUUCACCACAUUGCAUCUGUUCUUGCUCUUAUAGUCUUUCAGCCGGGUUCUCAGAGCUCCUCUCGUUCUCUUCCAAUCUUCGGAAACCCGUUCAAGAGCACCCAGAGGAACUGUGUCCAGCGCAGAGGAAUUGGCAGAAAUGUCACCUGCUGAAUAUCAUUUCUAGGAAACCAUGAUGUUGCUCAACUCAGCCGUUCUGUGCAUUUCAUACACUUCAAAAAGCAAAGCAAAAGCGACCUCUCCAAGGUGGACUGCAUCAAAGUCGACGUCUCAAGAAACAAGGAGAUAGCCUGUUUCCCAAGAAACCUUCAAACAACCAAGUUGUCAAGAGAUUGGAGAUUGAAAAUGCAUACACAAGUUCAAGUUUGAAACUGGUAACAAGAUCAAUAUUUCAGAAACAAGGAGAAGGUAAAUGGAACUACAGUACCGGAAGGACCACAGUGUCCAACGACAGUCUCGACGUUGAGAUCCAUCGCCAAAUUCUCGAAUCCCCUCCGGAUGAAAGCUCCUCCAAGACGCGCAAGUAACAACAAGAACAUCAUAUAAUGCUUCUUGAAGAGAAACGGCACGAGUAAUGGAUUUCGCGCUUGCCAAUAAAUGGACUGGAGACUCUGUAUUGUGCAGUUCGACCUAUUCAUCAUAUCUCCGAUAAACCCAAAUCAAACCACGAGGCAAAUCCAUCCAAGUUUCUCGGAUAUUUCAUCAGCUUGCAAACAGGCUCGUAUGCCACCUACGUGGCCAGAAAACAAAUGUUGCGAGCAAGACACAUUUCAAUGCAAC